CAUCAUAUUCAAUAAAACCAUCCUCAACAUUGCCAAUACAAAUACUCAUUUGUUAACUAAGUAAGCACUAAAAUACUAGAAUGGCCGCUUCAACAAUGUCUUUAUCUUCUUCAUCAUUGGUUGGAAAGGCAAUCAAGCUUUCCCCGUCCGGUCAGGACUUUGGGGUGGGAAGAGUUACAAUGAGAAAAACAGCCACAAAGAAGGUUUCUUCUGGUAGCCCAUGGUAUGGACCAGACCGUGCCAAAUACUUGGGUCCAUUCUCCGGUGAAGCACCAUCCUACCUCACUGGUGAGUUUCCCGGAGAUUACGGUUGGGACACUGCUGGACUUUCAGCUGAUCCUGAGACCUUUUCUAAAAACCGUGAACUAGAGGUCAUCCACAGCAGGUGGGCUAUGUUGGGAGCCUUAGGAUGUGUCUUCCCCGAGCUCUUGGCUCGCAACGGUGUCAAAUUCGGCGAGGCCGUGUGGUUCAAGGCUGGAUCACAAAUCUUCAGUGAGGGUGGACUUGACUACUUGGGUAACCCAAGUCUUGUCCAUGCACAGAGCAUUCUGGCCAUAUGGGCAACUCAAGUAAUCUUAAUGGGAGCUGUUGAAGGUUACCGCAUUGCUGGUGGACCUCUUGGUGAGGUGGUUGACCCAUUGUACCCAGGUGGCAGCUUUGAUCCAUUAGGUCUUGCCGAAGAUCCAGAAGCAUUUGCAGAGUUGAAGGUGAAAGAACUGAAGAAUGGUAGGUUAGCCAUGUUCUCAAUGUUUGGAUUCUUUGUUCAAGCAAUUGUAACAGGAAAAGGACCUAUAGAAAAUCUUGCUGACCACCUUGCUGAUCCAGUUAACAACAAUGCAUGGGCAUAUGCCACAAACUUUGCUCCUGGAAAGUGAGAAAAAACAAUGAGAAGUGACUAACUUGAUUAUCACAAUGUUUAUUUCUGAUUCUAAUAUACUGUGUGUAAAAAUAUAUGGUGCAUUAAAGAGGCUGAAAUGAAUGUGGAUGAUGAUAAGGAAAUGUUAAUUGAAACGACAAAGCACUAUGUAAUUGAUUCUUACAAAAUAUCAUAGCAAGUCACUUGGGGAUGCAUUUUUCCA